AUGAUGGCCGCGCGUGGUGAGUUUUUCUUAUCAGAGCCAAUAAUCCAUCACAUACAAUCUUUUCUGAAUGAAAAAGAAGCUGCCCAAACAACCGUCCUGUCUAAAUCUUGGCGCCAAGCCUGGCUCACUCGCCCCAACUUGGACUUCGAUAGGUCCCACUUUUCCUUUGCUUAUGAAUUCUCAGACUUUAUGGACAAGUCUAUUCAAAGGUAUGAAGAAUCGAACCUAGAGAUUGAGAGUUUCAGUCUAACAAUGGAUUCUUUGAAUGAUUUACGUGAAGAUGUGAUUAAGGCACUGGGAAUGGGUGUUACUCGUCUUAGCCUUAAACUUCAUGAAUCGUAUGCAUCUUACUGUUCUGUUGUGCCGGCUGAGGUGUUUGGAUGCAAAGACCUUAGUAGGGGCAAAAUCGCCCUUCCUCCCGAGCAUCUAGUACAAUUUCCGAGACUCAAAGCCCUUAGUUUAACCUACGUCAAGCUACAAAGUGAUGAAGAAAGCGAUGAAGUGAUUUCUGGCUGCUGCCCCUUGCUCGAAAAACUGUCACUCACAUUAUUGCCAAAACUAAGGCAUCUGGAGCUGACGUGUCUGACAAUUAAUACCUUGCUUCUGGGUGACUUAUCUUGUAAGUUUCCUUUGCUGAGAGAUUUAUCCAUGCAGUGUGACUAUUUGGAAUCAGAUCUAUUCAUUUCUAGCCACUCAAUCGAGCAUUUAGAUAUCGAAACAUAUUUGAUCACUGACACAGUAAGUCUCGAGUUUGAUGUUCCAAGUAUUCGUAAGUUUAAGUUUAAAAGCGGGGACAAUCUGCCAUCUUCCAUGUCUUUUAAAUCAACAAAUUUGAGGGAAUGGGAGUCUCAUGUAACCAUGAGUGGUUUUUAUCCCUAUACUUCGAUGUUUCUUGCGCUGAGAAACUUCUUGACACAACUGAGCCCAUCCAAACUUUAUCUUACUAUCAUAGUCGACCAUGUGGACAAGGCUGACUACGAGAUGGAGGACUUACUAGGUUUACCCUGCACACUCCAACUCGAGAAUUUGAUGAUAGAGACCAAAUAUCUAGUGUCUUUAGCCGGUUAUGCUCUUUUUGAUGGCUUGUUUCGGUUAUGCCGCCCAAAGUGCAUAACUCAACAUCUACUUUCUGAACGGAGAUAUGGCAAUGAGGGUUGUGUAACCGAUGAUUUCCUUUGCAAGAUACUCGAGCGAGGAAUGAAGGGACACUAUUUGUACCCAUCUAAUUUUUUGCAUGGUCUGCAUGGUCUCGAGGAGGCUUACGUGCAGGCUCCUGUUGACGAGGCUGUUGGUGCGUGGAGACUUGUGACAGGGGAUUUGUGCUCGGAUAUUUCUGCUCUUGCAAGCCAGGAGAGGCACGGGAAGAAAAUUCGAUUCUUAUUGAAAUGGAAGGAGCCUUAG